UUCCAUUUUGCCUCCCCUGGCAACAGCGCUAACCUUGAGGAAUUAUAUAAAUACCGCGAAUAACACAUUAAACAAGGCAGAGAAGGUGAUCGACUGGAAGGGAGGACAUGUGUUUGUCUCGGACCGCGUCUAGACCGACUGUGUUCAGAUCCGCAGGGUUUUGGCUUUGAAUUUAUUUUGAGUCUAAUGGGGGGAGACGAUCAACAACGGAAACAAAGGAGGGAAGCAUUUAAUUCUCCCGCUGUGACGGAUGGGAAAGCGAGAGAGAGAGAGAGUUGGACUGGGAAAAGAAACAGGCAAGAAGAGAAAAAGACGCCAAACAACACAGAGGGACAUAAAAGCAGCAACUUCCACCCCCCGCGCCGUAACGAUGCCUGUGGAAAGAAUGCGGAUGCGUCCAUGGCUGGAAGACCAAAUAAAUUCAAACACAAUACCAGGGUUAAAAUGGCUAAAUAAGGAGAAGAAGAUUUUUCAGAUUCCCUGGAUGCAUGCUGCACGACAUGGGUGGGAUGUUGAAAAAGAUGCUCCUUUAUUUAGAAACUGGGCAAUUCACACAGGAAAAUUUCAACCAGGAGUAGAUAAACCUGAUCCAAAGACAUGGAAGGCAAACUUCCGAUGUGCUAUGAACUCCUUGCCUGAUAUAGAAGAAGUCAAAGACAAAAGUAUAAAGAAAGGAAACAAUGCCUUCAGGGUUUACAGGAUGCUACCUUUAUCCGAAAGGCCUUCCAAAAAAGGAAAGAAACCAAAGACUGAGAAGGAUGACAAAUCCAAACAAAUAAAGCAAGAACCAGUUGAGUCAUCUUUUGCAGUGACUAAUGGAAUGACUGAGGUCUCUUCUGAUUACUUCCUACCCUCCACUAUAAAAAGUGAAGUUGACAGUACUGUGAACAUUGUAGUUGUAGGACAUCCCCAUCUUGAUGGCAGUACUGAGGAGCAGGUGAUAGUUGCCAAUCCUCCUGAUGUUUGCCAAGUAGUAGAGGUGACAACAGAGUGUGAUGAGCAGCCCCUCAGCAUGAGUCAGCUGUACCCUCUGCAGAUCUCCCCAGUCUCCUCCUAUGCAGAAAGUGAAACGACAGACAGCAUUCCCAGUGAUGAAGAAAAUGCACAGGGUCGGCUUCAGUGGCAAAAGAAAAACAUUGAAGGCAAACAGUAUCUGAGCAAUCUGGGUAUGAGGAACACUUCUCAUAUUCUUCCCAGUAUGGCUACCUUUGUGACUUCCAACAAGCCUGACCUCCAGGUCACCAUCAAAGAAGAAAGCUCCCCACUGCCUUACAACAGCUCCUGGCCCCCCUUCCCAGCUAUCCCUCUCCCACAAGUAGUGUCUUCAGCUUCUGCCAGCAGCAGCAGGCCAGACCAUGAGACACGGGCUAGUGUCAUCAAGAAAACAUCAGACAUCACCCAGUCGAGAGUCAAGAGCUGCUAAGCCUCUGACUGUCUCUCUUUAGUUUUGGGUUGUUUUUAUAUUUUAUGUUUCUCUAGAAGAGGUGCAACUCUGACGCACAUUAGACAAAUCUAAGGGUAAGCCUUGACAAUAUAGAACAUUGUGUGUCCGACUCCAGUACUGGAGCUUUUUAACUCAGGACUCCAGCCAUCAGUAUGUAUACCUGAAACCAGAUGGAUUUCCACGGUUACUGCAUAGGAAAAACAGAACUUUGGCCCACUUAUAUAAGUUCCAGUACUUCAUAAGAGGACCAACAACCACAAGGGAAGUGGUGUUGCUGCACUUCUUGCAGUCAAGGCUGUGAUGGAACUGAAAGCCUCAGAAUGGAAGAGAAAAUGUGAACUAGCUGGAAUUUUUUUUUAAAUAAAAAAAUUUAUUGUGAAUAUGUACAUAGUGCAGUACUAGCAACGUUGCGGUCUGCUUCUGCACCUUAUUAAAAAGCACUUACGAAAAGGCCUUUUAUUACCUUGCUCUAAUUAAUGGCACAUUCAAAGCUCCCUCCCAUCUUUAUUCUUUUCACAGGCUAUUCUUGCUAACAAGUCUUGAGAAGUAGGGAAAGAAAAGGAAGGUAAACCUUUCUAUAUGGAUUUCACACAUUGUAAGACCGCUUUUCUCGUGUUUGUUUCUAAUCUGCUAUGCUUGAAUGCCGCGUGGUACAGUAGGAAGAAAAAUAUUACAGAGAUAUUAUGCAAAUUCCCAGAUUUCAAGAAGAAAAAAAAUACUCUAAUUCUAACCAGAGCAAGCUUUUUUAUUUUUUAUACAGGGGAAUAUUUUAUUCAAAGUAAAAUUCUAAAGUGAAUCUAAUUGUUUUUUUAAUCUUUUCUACAGCAAAUUUAUAAUUUUAAGAUUCAGUUCUUGGUGGGUUAUCAGCAGUUAUUACAUCCUUGUGGCACAUUUUUUUAAUUUUGUAAAGGUGAAAUAGCUUUUAUGAGCUCAUGUAGCAAUCAAAUUAUCCUGUGGAUUGAUAAUAAAUAUGAUAUAGAGUUAA